UGGGACGAGGAAACUAAUUUUUUUAGUAUGGCACCACCUCCAUCUGACGAAGAGUACGAUGCGAGUAAGAAGAAAGAUAAGAGAGCAUCUAAAGGGAAAGAUGUAAAAGGUAAGCAGGGUGAAGGGGAAGGAGUAGCUGCUGAAGAAAAGAAGCGACAGAAAUCAAGGAAAGACACUAGGCGCUCUAAAGAACAGAAAAUGGAAAAGGGUUCCUCUUCGCAAUCUCCUAGAAAAUCAAUUAAAGGACAAGAUCAAUUUGAAGGAAAGAGAGAGAAAUCUAGCAAACAGGAAUCAGACAGAAGAGUUGAAGAAAUUAAACAAACUGAAAGCAAAUUAAUUGAACCAAAAGAGGAAUCAGCUGCUGCCAAGUAUAAAGAAGCAGAAGACAUCGCUUCAGCAUCUUUAAGUUCCAGACAUUUGAUGCUAACUUCUUUUAAAGAAAUACUAGAAUUAACUGAAGAGAAAUUAUCCCUUACCAAAACCUUGUUAAAUUUGAAAGAACAGCAAAGAAAACUAAAAGCAGAGUCAAAAGAAGCUAAAACUAAACCUUUAGCAAUUGUAGAAAGAGUUCAUAAAAGUAUAGGAGAAAUGAACGAACUCGCUGAAAAACUAGAAGACAUUGUCUGUGUCUCUAGGUCACCUUCAGGAAUGAAGAUAAAAAAGAAAUUAGCUGAAGAAGAAACUGAAGGAAUAAUAAUUAAACCUGGUGAAGAACCAAAAGGUUCUUCUUCUUUAUUAAUUUCCUGCGAUUUGAAAUCAAAAUUGCUUAUGAAGAGACUAGAACAUUCAAAAGUACUAUUAGCAAUCCUAAAUCAAAAGGAACAAAGAAUAAAAUUAGGAAAAAUGGCUGAAUCUGAUGAAUUAGAAAAGGAAAUUAGACAUCUGGAAGAAACAGAAGAAACUUUAAGAGACGAUAUUACUAAGCUUACAAAAGAAAUAGAAAUAACUGGGCAGGAAAAACGGGAAUUCUCAGCUUCUUUUUCAAGUCACGAAGAGGAAACUGAAGCAGUGGAAGAUACAACAGAUCUAAAAAAACUUCAGAAUGACUGCAUAAUGAAUAGACUGGAACUAAUGAAAGUAAUGAUAGAACUUGUAAAGAAAGAAGAGAUGGAAGAAGAGGAAUGCAAUGAAGAGGAGAUUAGAAAUAUAAAAGAAAAAGAGCGAAAACUACAAGAAACAGUUGCAAAACUUGAAGACAUGAUAAAAAAUAAAUUGAAAGAAGCGACUACACUUUCUCCAGGUGACAAACCCUUGGCAUCAUCCUAUCCAGCAGAUACUUUAGACUCGAAGAUGGAAGCCCAGAAGAAGCAAUCAAUCGAACAGUCUGCUAUGGAAGCAUCAAAACCUGGUUUUUCAAAGUCACGUAAAGUAUUUAAAAAUAAUAAGGGGGAAGAGGAAAGAGUAAGAAAGAUGAGUGAACUUGCAGAAACGGAAGAAACAGAUUUUGGUGCUUUAACAAAACCCGUAGUCGGGGAGGAAAGAUUAGCAAAAAUGAGGGAGGUUAUAGAAGAAUUUUUUGAGGAAACGACAUUUCUUGAAAGAUUCCCUCGACAUGAAAAUGUGGAAAUAACAGAGCAAAAUGUUGCUAAAUUCACAGGCAAGCAGGAAAUACAGGAAGAUAAGGAAAAAAAGGAGGCAGAGUGGCUGGAAGCUGAAUUAGAAAAAGUAGAUAAGGUUUUUGUUGAAGAGGCAACUAGAUCUGCCGAAGAAGAGGAAACUAGAUCGGUCGCAGAGGAGGAAAUUAGAUCUGGCGAAGAAGAGGAAACUAGAUCGGUCUCAGAGGAGGAAAUUAGAUCUGCCGAAGAGGAGGAAACUAGAUCGGCAGCAGAGGAGGAAACUAGAUCGGCCACAAAAGAGGAAAGUCAAUCAAGCAUUGAGGAAGAUGGAGAGAAAUUGGAGAAACCACCUGAAGAAAUAUCUCAACCAAAGAAGCGAGAAAGCUUCGAAGAAAAAGCAACAGUACUCAUCGAAGAGAGAUCAGAGCCUGAAUUGGAGAUGAUGGACGAAUCAGUUAAGACAGUAGGUGACGCAAAAUCGGAAGUUACUCCCAUUCAAGACGUAAGGCAAGCAGCUGCAAAAUCUAACGAACCAGAAAUAUCUGAAGGUGUUAUCAUUUGCACUGAUCAUAUGAAUUGGUUCAAAAUUAUCUCAAACGAGUACAGAAUACCUGUACUUCUAAAAAAUCGACCUCAUUACAUGAUCAUCCCUGUUAACGCUGUAUCAGAAUUAUACAAACCAGGAGAGAUUGACUUGUCUCGAUUAAAAGUUAUUGAUGUUGCAUCUCGAGAACCUUCAGCUAUAAGACCUAGACUUAACAAACAACAGCUAAAGAGGAGGGCAAUAUUGUGUAAACGAAUACCUCCACGACAUUCCCUAAAAGUAAAUAUAAAUUUUCCAUACAAAUCGGCAAUGUUAAAAGAAGCAGCAAACAAGGUCUUGUAUAGCAGUACCUAUUCAAGUGAGAAGAAAUUAUCUUUCAUUAUAAAUCACUUAAUGAUAGAAAAUGUAGAUUUAGUAAUCAACAAUAUUUCUUGGGAGAAUAUUUCUGAAGAAACUUUGAUGAUGAUAAUAGAUCUACACCUGUGGAAGAUGGUGUUAAUGGACUUUGCAUUGUUUCUCGACGAUUUGAAGCAUUAUGCAGCCUUCGAAUUCGGUGAUGUGUUACUCAAUGAUGACGACGACUUGAAAGCUCAUCAUCUAUACAGUUCUAUUGUGUAUAUAAAACAAUUCAUCAUGUUUUACAAGACGGAGGAAUUAACUACGUUUUACUCCCUCCUUAAACUUUGCAUUUUGCUGGAAACUUACAAAGAACAUGAUUCUAAGAUCGAGGAGAUGUAUAAACCUAUUUGUAAGAAACUCGUACAAUAUCAUUCUUUACAAUUUGUCAAAUAUAUCAGGAUGAUAAACUACCAUAUGAAUAUACUCAAAAACGAGAAAGUAAUGGAUGUGCUGUCACAUUUUACCGAUCUCGAGUACAUUGAUAUUGUGAAGGACUAUGUUCCCGGUAGUAUUCAGGAUAACUUUUGUAUAUAA